AUGCAGCUUUUGUGUAAAGACUUUAACAAUCCAGAGGUCGCGGGGGCGGUGAACCCCCACCCCGACUACGGUUACUUUUAUAAUGCCCCAACUCCUGGUUUAAGACUAUUAGGUAUUAAUAGCAUGGUAUGCGACAUCGCAGUCAAUGGCAACCAAAUAUAUAGCCAGCCUAGGCUGGGUAAGGUCUCUGGUUACAAGUGCAAAUCUCCCCUACUAUUUUUUAAGCCACCUAUCCCACUGUCUGCCCCCAAGCGCAAGCGUGCUCCACUAAAAAAGGGUUACAAGGCCACUGGUAGCCGGAAGCAGCUGGCGCGCGCUAAGAAGGAUGCUGCUAAGUUAAUACUAAAGACUAUGUAA